AUGCCACCUCCGCCCCUACCAUCUUCCCUGUCCGACCUGCACGCGCAGUACCCGAAAGGGCUUAGUGGUGAUCCCAGCCUACACAAUGGUGCCUACCCUGGAGCGGCACGUUACAGUUUCAGGACAUUGGCGAUCAAUGAAGUUCGAAUGCUGACGUCAAUGGCACGUGCAUGGCUUCUGAAUUCACUUCAUUGGUUGAUUCUAUCCCAAAGCGAGGCAAUAUUAAGUCUAAAGACGAAAGUUUCCAAGCUCGAGGCUGAGUUGAUGGAGGUAAAGGCACUACUUGUCGGCCUUUCUCCGCAAUUUGAAGCCAGCAAAAAGGCCAUCAAAAUCUCUGACCAAGUCAUCUUAGAUACUGCCAAAAUGUUGUCUGAGACAGAAGCAUGCAAAGACUGGACUGGUGGCAAACAAAUAGACGAGAAGCUCAAAAUGCGUACUGCAGUCAAUCUUACGCGACUACAGAGUGAUGAGAUACCUCAUAUCUCCCCACCCAAAAGGGUCAAUAAUCUAUCCUUCGCCCCAUUGGUCGCCAGCACUCCCGACGCCAGCUUCACCGACACAACCUCGGACGAACCAACAAUAGUUGGGAUCCUCAACCGCAAGGUAUCAUCAGCUAUGAAGCUUUUCCACGCUCCGGCAAAGCUAAAAGUCCCAACCAAGGUGCCCAACUUCCGACCACCAGCUGGAAUGAAGAAGCUACUCGGUAAUCUUCUCCUCAAGGCAGCCUCUGCUUUUACCCUAGUGCAAACUAAAUCUUAUUCGACCAAACCGGAAAACCAAAGACAAUCCCUUUGUGCCUAA